CUUUGUUUCAGUCAUGUGAUUUAACUUAUGACGAGGAGCAGCCUUCUACAACAAUCAACACUUUGUUUACGAUUGCUUGUUUUUAAGAUGCAGCUUCAAUGGAAUUACCGUGUUGUGGACUUGUAAAACGUCACUGAGAUAUUAUUCUGUUUGGCUGUAACACUAGCUAAUACGACAAUGGCAGAAGUCGAGGAGGGGAGGAAAUCAAGUGAGGAAUUUACAGAUGAAUCUGAGCAGGAGGAGGACAGCGAGGAGGAGCCCAAGCUGAAGUAUGAGAGGCUCUCCAAUGGGGUGACAGAAAUCCUCCAGAACGAUGCAGCCAGCUGUAUGACCGUCCAUGACAAGUUUCUUGCCCUAGGUACCCAUUUUGGGAAGGUCUUCCUGCUGGACAUCCAAGGAAAUGUAACUCAGAAGCUUGAAAUUAGUUCAGUGAGGAUCAACCAGAUCAGUCUGGAUGAAAGUGGAGAGCAUUUGGGCAUCUGCUCCGAGGAUGGGAAGGUUCAAGUGUUUGGUCUCUAUACGAGAGAGGGCUUCCAUGAAAACUUUGACUGCCCCAUCAAAGUGGUUGCAUUACACCCUCAGUUCACCAGAUCGAACUACAAGCAGUUUGUCACUGGGGGCAACAAGCUACUUCUGUAUGAAAGAAAUUGGUUGAGUCGCUGGAAGACUUCUGUGCUACACGAAGGUGAGGGCACCAUCACUAAUAUCCAGUGGAGGGCUAAUCUCAUUGCCUGGGCAAACAAUGUGGGAGUUAAAAUCUAUGACAUCGGCACCAAACAGCGGAUCACCAAUGUGUUGCGAGAUAAUGUCAGUCUCAGGCCUGAUAUGUACCCAUGUAGCCUGUGUUGGAAAGACAACACCACUCUCAUUGUUGGCUGGGGUACUUCCAUUAAGAUUUGUGUUGUGAAAGAACGAAAUCCUACUGAAAUGAGAGAUUUGCCCAGCCGUUAUGUGGAAAUAGUGUCUGCUUUUGAGACAGAGUUUUUCAUCUGUGGCCUGGCACCGCUCGCAGAUCAGCUGGUCACCCUGUUCUUCGUGAAGGAGAAUUCCGAUCACAUGGAUGAGGAAUUUCGUGCUCGGCCUCGUCUUGACAUUAUCCAGCCUCUUCCUGAAAACUGCGAAGAAAUCUCUUCAGAUGCACUGACUGUGCGCAACUUCAAAGGCAAUGAGUGCAGAGACUACCGCCUCGAGCAUUCAGAGGGCGAGUCGCUCUUCUACAUCAUCAGUCCCAAAGACAUCGUUGUGGCCAAGGAGCGAGACCAGGAUGACCAUAUCGAUUGGCUUCUUGAAAAGAAGAGAUAUGAGGAGGCACUGAUGGCUGCAGAGAUCAGUUUCAAAAACAUUAAGAGACAUGAUGUUCAGGAAAUUGGGAUGGCUUACAUCAAUCACUUAGUAGAGAAAAGAGACUAUGACAGUGCUGCAAGGAAAUGUCAAAAGGUCCUUGGGAAAAACAUGGAACUAUGGGAGAAUGAAGUCUAUAGAUUCAAGGCCAUCGGACAGUUGAAGGCCAUCAGUCAGUAUUUACCUGUAGGAGAUCUGCGUCUCAGACCAACCAUCUAUGAAAUGAUCUUACAUGAAUUCCUCAGAACUGAUUAUGAGGGCUUUGCCACACUGAUUCGACAAUGGCCAGGAGAGCUCUAUAAUAACAUGGCCAUUGUUCAAGCCAUCACCGAGCACCUGAAGAAGGACCCAAUGAACAGCACCUUGCUUACCACACUGGCUGAACUGUACACCUACGACCAGAGGUACGACAAAGCCUUAGAAAUCUACCUGAGACUGCGACACAAAGACGUCUACCAGCUGAUCGGAAAACACAAUCUUUUCUCAUCCAUAGAGGAUAAGAUUGUACUCCUCAUGGAAUUUGAUAAAGAGAAAGCUGUUGACAUGCUCCUCGACAAUGAAGACAAGAUAUCAACAGACAGGGUGGUGGAAGAACUAGCAGACAGGCCUGAACUUCUGCAUGUGUAUCUUCAUAAACUGUUCAAGCGGGACCACCAAAAAUGCCAAAAGUACCACGAGAGACAGAUCAGCCUGUAUGCCGAAUACGACCGACCAAAUCUCUUACCUUUCUUGAGAGAUAGCACACACUGCCCACUUGAAAAGGCUCUUGAGAUUUGUCAGCAGAGGAACUUUGUAGAGGAGACCGUCUUCCUUCUCAGCAGGAUGGGGAACUGCAGAAGAGCUCUGCAGAUGAUCAUGGCAGAGCUGGAGGAUGUGGACAAAGCCAUAGAGUUUGCUAAAGAGCAGGAUGAUGCAGAGCUGUGGGAGGAUCUCAUCUCUUACUCUAUUGAUAAACCACCCUUCAUCACUGGCCUCCUUAAUAACAUUGGUACUCAUAUUGAUCCCAUCCUGCUCAUUUACCGCAUAAAGGAAGGCAUGGAGAUCCCAAAUCUCAGAGAUUCACUAGUAAAAAUCCUUCAGGACUACAAUCUGCAGAUUCUGUUGAGGGAAGGAUGUAAGAAGAUCCUGGUGGCCGACUCGCUUUCCUUGCUACAGAAAAUGCACCGAACUCAGAUGAGAGGGGUCAGGGUUGAUGAGGAUAACAUUUGUGAAGCUUGUCAUACUACAAUAUUGUCAUCAGACAUGGCCAAAUCCUUCAGUGUGGUGGUGUUUCACUGCAGACACAUGUUUCAUAAAGAAUGUGUACCAUCCCCAGCAACAAUUCCCGGGAUGCAGUUUUGUAACAUCUGCAGUGCGAAGAGGCAAGGACCAGGAAGUGGAAUACUUGAGAUGAAAAAGUAACAAGGAUUUAAGCACUCGCAUUGCCUUUAUUGAUAUUAUUAUCAGUGCACUGAUCAAUAAAUAUCACUUUCUCUCAGUCACUGCACUGUACGCUUGCAAAAAUACUAAACAUUUAUACUGAAUUGUCUCUGUAUAUUUAAAUCUAACACAUGUAAACUACUGUACAUGUUGUGUUUGCCUGUAAUGUGAUUUUGCUGAGCAAAUGCCUGCAAUGUCUGAAAAAUAAAAUCACAUAAAACUGA